AUGGUGGUCAUAGAUAAAAAAAACUGUCAUGCUGUGCCCUUUGCAUCAUUCCAAAUUAAUCCGGUUCCAGAAUAUGAUGAAAUUACUGAACUGAUCCCUCAACUGUAUAUUUGUGGUGCAAGCUCAUUGACUUUGAAUAAUAUGAACAAAUAUAAUAUUUCAUUAAUUAUAAAUGCCACUACUGAGGUACCUAGUGUACGAUCUCUUGGAUCAAUACCACGAAUAAAAUUAUGGCUAGAUGAUACACCAUCAACUAACAUUUAUCAACAUUUCGAUUUUAUUAGCGACCAGAUUGAAACAGUGAUAUCAAGUGGUGGUAAUGUAUUGGUGCACUGUAUGGCCGGGGUAUCGCGAUCUGCUACUAUUUGCCUUGCCUUUCUCACUAAAUUCUGCUGCAAAUCACUAAGGCAGGCCUAUCAACUAAUGGCUCAAAAACGGCCAUUUGUCAGGCCUAAUAUCGGAUUUUGGCGUCAACUCAUCAUUUACGAAGAUGAAGUGAAGAAUGGUGUUACAUCGGUGAAUUUUGUUCGAAGUAGAGAAGAUCCAGAAAAUGUUUUGCCGGAUGUCUAUCUACAAACGUUUGUUGAAUCAUGCAGAGGGUGGCGGUUUUCCAGUGAUAAACAGAAAUUUCAACCGAUAUUGGAAACGGUGUCGGAAAGCACUGAAGUACGAGCUUAA